UAAUAAUAAAAGAAAUUAAAAAUAAGAUCAGACAGACGAGUUGAUAUUGGAAUUAGAUCAGUGGGCGAAGAACAGUCCUCCGCACCGCACCGGUGUCGUCUUCAUCUCUGGAAUUAGAUCAGUGGGCGAAGAGGACCCCGGACCCGACCCGGAAGGCCCGAAUCUCCAUGGCUGUGUCGGGUCGUCGGCUGAUCUGAACCCUAGGCUCCCAGCGGUCAGCUCCGCCUUCUUCUGCCUCUCCGCCGGAGGAGCAUCGCCGCGACGUCGGUGGUCGAACUCACUCGAGAAAAAGCCCCGGAGCUGCUACAGGGAUGCUGGAGAAUCCUCCGCCCGCGGCCGCAGAUCCGCCGCCGUCCGCUGUCGUCAAGCGCUAUGCUCCUCCCAAUCAAAGGAAUCGGUCCCUCAGCCGGCGCAAAUCGGGAGAGCGGUUCGACCGGUCCAGCAAUCCUUAUGCACUUGAUGGUGAUAAGCUUGCUGCAAGAAAUAUUCCUAUAGCUGAUCCUCGAGAUACUGGAAUUCGCAACUUUCCAAACGACAGCCAUCAUUUCGGGUUGAUACCUCUGGAGGGGUGUUGCAGCAGCGAAGCUUAUCAGCUUCUAAGUGACCGUUGGGCAGCUGCAAUCCAUUGUUGCAAUGAUCCAUCUAUAGAUCCAUCUGAGAGGCCGCUCAUGUACUCAGGAAGCAGCGCAUCAGUAUGGGGACAUAUCAAGCUUCCUCAUCAGUUGAUGUUUCCUGGAGCUGCGGUGUCCCCAGGCUCACAGAUGGACUUCAUGGCUGAACUCCAACGGUCCAUGCGCGGCGUCUGAACCUCCUAAGCCUUUCCUUGUGACAUCACUCAAAGAAAUUCAUGUAUUGUGCCCGCCGACUCGACCUUGUAAACUGUUAGAAAACCUUGGCUGAAAGCCUCGCUGUACUUGGGAUUACAUACGUCAUGCAUGUUGUAAAAACACUCUGCCUUAGGCUUACCUCUGUCCGACCCACUCUCUCUCUAAUGUUGUAUGAACAGCUCUUUGUGAUCGUCAUGUUGUUAGUUUCACUAUAAUCCAUUGUGUGAUUGAAAAAGAAUCGGUUAAGACGGAGUUUCGGUUUC